CAGGGCCAUGGUUCGUAAAAACACGGUCUCUUUAAUCUAAGAAAAAACACGACAAUUUUCGAUCAUAGGGACUUCUAUUAAUUUCAUCCGGCCGGUUGGCAGCAGUGGUGGUGGAGUGGGAAUGCUUGGGAAUGGAAGUGGAAUGGAAUCACGUAACCUAAAAAUUUUUAACUAAAAAUUUGUUUUAUUUAGUUUAAAGUUGACCAAAAGUUGACUGUAGAAAAGUAAAUUAAAAGAAGUUAAUUGUUUCUGAGAAUAGAAGUAGACUAUUAGAAGUAUAUAAUGUUGUAGAAUGUGUAGGUAUCCUUAUUAUAUCUUGACACAUUGGACGAGGAUACCGGCUCAUAGUUUAUUAUGAUGAAAAAAAUUGAUAAUUACUGCUGACGUGUGUAAUUUGCCCUGAUCUAGUGGGAAUCACCGAAUCGUUCACACCCAUUUGUACUAUUCAAUAAAUUUCAUUCUUUUGCCUUGGUAAGACAAAAUGUCUGAUCAAGAGGAUUUAAUACCUAGAAAUUAUCAAAUUGAAUUGAUGAAAAUAGCAUUGGAGAAAAAUACAAUUAUUUUCUUACCUACAGGAGCUGGUAAAACUUUUAUAGCUAUUUUGGUUUUGAAGCAAAUGGGAGAUAGUUUGUUGAGAUCUUAUAGCAAUGGGGGAAAAAUUUCCAUAAUAUUAGUAAAUACAGUUGCUUUAGUUGACCAACAUGCUACAUACAUUACUACUCAAACACCUUUCCAAGUCGGAAAAUAUUCGGGAGACAUGAAUUUAGAUUUUUGGCCUAGAGACAAGUGGUAUAUUGAAUAUGAAAAGAAUCAAGUUCUUAUAAUGACAUCCCAAAUACUGGUCGAUUUAGUUAAUAACAAGUUUAUAGAUUUGAAUAAAGUAAACCUCUUAAUUUUUGAUGAAUGUCACAGAGGAGUAAAUGACCAUAGCAUGAGGCAACUAAUGAAGCAAUUUGAGACAUUAAAUGACCCUCCUCGAGUACUAGGUCUUACUGCUACAUUACUAAAUAGGAAUUGUAAACUAAACAAAGUUAUAGAAGAGGUUAAGGCUUUAGAAACGACUUACCACAGUAAGGUUGCUACUGUAGAGGAAUUAGAAGCUGUAGUAGGGUAUUCAACUAAUCCAAAAGAAUUUAUAACAACGUUCCACAAGUAUAACUUAACAGCCAAAGAAAAAUAUGUUGUUGCACUUUUAAAGAAGAUUAAACUCGGAAUAAAAGAAGUGCAGUUUGAGCCAGUAAAAGCUCCUAUAAUUAUAAAAGGCUUAAAGCCAUUGAGUAACAAUGAAGGCACAAAAAAUUUAAGGAACUUAAUUGAUGAUUUGAUUUAUCACAUUGAGACAAUGGGAAGUUAUGGUGGUUAUAGAGCGUGUCUAGCUCAUGUUAUACAAAUUGAAAGAAUUAAGAAGCAUUGUGAAGAUUUUAAUUUAUUUGUCUUAUUCACCUGUGUUCAAACCACCUUCACAUAUGUCAGCAAAAAAUUACAAGAGGAAAUAAACCGUUUUGACAAAAAGGAAGCAUUCUUUAAAACCUCUUCAGAUCAGGUGGUACAGUUACUACGGAUAAUAAAGAACUAUAAGCAUGAGAAUGGAGAAGAUUUAUGUUGUUUAAUAUUUACACAAAGGAGAUUCACGGCGAAAGUAAUUUAUCACCUAAUAAAUGAUAUAAGUCGCUCUCAUUCAGAAUAUAAACACAUUAAAGCUGAAUUCAUGGUUGGAAAUAACUCGAAUCCAUAUAAAGACACUAGAGAGGCAUUGUAUAUUCAUAAGCAAUCCAAAAAGAUAAUCGAAAGGUUUUCCCAAAAAGAGAUCAACAUUCUUGUUGCUUCAAAUGUUUUGGAGGAAGGUGUGGAUGUUCCAAAAUGUACCUUAGUUAUUAAGUAUGAUCUUCCAGUAGAUUAUAGAUCAUAUAUUCAAUCUAAGGGAAGAGCAAGGCAUAAGCAAAGCUUUUAUAAUAUAAUGGUAUCCAACGAUAACUUAAAAAAAUUUAGCCAGCAGUAUAUGGAAUAUCAACAAAUUGAGACAAUCUUAAAUGAUUACCUUAUUGGAAAGAAUAUAGAACGGGAAGAACCUUCUCAACAAGAUAUAGAGGCCAUGUAUAGAGAAAAUGAAAUUGCCCCUUAUUAUGUAGCUGGACCUGGAAGUGCCCAAGUUAAUAUGACAUCAGCAAUUUCUUUAUUAUGUCAAUAUUGCCAAAGUCUUCCUUCAGACGUCUACACAAGCCUUACUCCUGAUUGGUAUGUAAAGCAUUAUGGCAGUAAGAAAUCUGUGGUUAUUCUAUUGCCAACUGUGUGUAAACUUUUAGAUUUGAUUGAGGGUCCACCUAUGGUAACCUUAAGGUUGGCAAAAAGAGCCGCAGCACUUAAAGCUUGUAUCAUACUUCACAAAGCUGGAGAAUUAGAUGACCAUCUUCUGCCAAUUAAAAAUGUUCUAAAAGAAGAAGAUAUAAACUUUUUGUUUAGUCACUAUCCUGUAAAAGAUGACAAGACUGUAGGAACCCAAAAAAAGAAAAGACUACACAAGAAAUUAAUUCCUGAAGUUAUUAAAGCACCAAUACUACCAUUUUCUACAGUUUAUUUACAUAUCAUUCAACUAGAACCUUUAUUUAAACAGCAAACAGAAGAUAUAAGCCAUUCUACUCUAUUCAAUAUGUAUUUCUCUUCUUUAUGUUAUGGUCUAGUGACGCAAAACCCCUUACCAACGAUUUGUGCCUUCCCAAUUUACGUUAAUUUGGGCACCAUUACGGUAUCUUUAAAAGUAAACGAAUCAACAGUUACUCUUACAGAUAUAGACUUGCAAGAUAUAAAGAAAUUUCAUAUGAAUAUUUUUGGCAAUGUUAUAAAUAUAUUGAAAUCUUUUGUUGCUUUUGAUACUGGAAAUGAACCAGAAAUGAUGUUGCUAGUUCCUGUAAAUAAACAAGAUAAGAAAAUUGAUUGGAAUGUUUUGAAGCCCCAUAUUGAAAUUAACCCUAUUAAUGAAAUGAGCAAUGAUGAGAAAUUAAAAAUGGAAGUAACGCAGGAGUCACAUUUGCGAAGAAUUGUUAGUCCUUGGUACAGACGAGAUCAUUCUACUUACAUAGUUACUGAGGUAUGUCUCAGUAGAACUGCCAAUUCUCCAUUCCCAAAUGAAGAUUAUCAUACUUUUAAAGAAUACUUUAAAUCAAAGCACAACAUUACAAUCCGUAAUCCCGAUUUGCCCUUGCUGUUGGUUAAGGGUUUGACCAAGAGUCUGAAUUUCAUUAAGCCCAGAGGCAAUAAAGCAACUAAAAGAAAAUACGACAAAUUGUAUGUUGAAUUAGAGGAAUAUCUGCCACCAGAACUAGUUGUUAAGCAAGAUUUUCCUGCUUGUUUGUGGAUUCAGGCAUCUUUUUUGCCAACCAUAUUAACCAGAAUUUCCUUUAUGUUACAACUAGAAGAAUUUCGAUGCAGAAUAGCUAGAGAAAAGAAAGGUUUAGGAAAAGAAGUGGUAAUAGUGAAAAAACCUCUCGAGUUAGACGAUUACGUCUUAGACUAUGAACCAUAUUUAGAAGAAGAAGAAGCCGAUAUUGAAAUAACAAUACCUAGCAAUUCCAUUGUACAAGCUUUGCCUCACCCCUCUAUGACCAUUAACCAGGACUUUAAAGAUAAACUUUUAGAAACUCAGUAUCCUUGGAAGAACAUUGAAGAACCGAAAGAUGUUGAAAGGAAUUUAGACGUUACUAUAAUGGAUAUUGAACAUUAUGAAAAAUUUAUUUGUUAUGGAGUUUCUGAUGCGUCUAGAGAACUAAGAAAUACAGUUGACCCAAAUAAAACCAAACAUCUGGCAUUGACUUACCACAAAAAUUUUGUUCCUGUCAAAAUAAAUAUGUUAGACACACCCUUCGGAACGGACGGGCCAGAGCUUUGUGAACUUUACAGGGCUCUAACAGCGGCCAAAGCAAACGAAAUAGUAAACCUGGAACGACUAGAAACUCUUGGAGAUUCCUUUUUAAAGCUCCUUACUUCUGUCUACAUAUAUCUACGGUUUCCUGAGUAUGAUGAAGGUCGUGCAACUUCUCUUAAAGGCAGAAUGGUCAGUAAUCGGAAUCUUUUCUAUCUAGCCUUAAAAAAAAAUAUUGACGGUGUUAUUAAAUACAACGAGCUAAAUAAAGACGAUUUUUUACCACCCGCGCUAGCGAUUCCAAAUGAAAUGUUACAACGAAUUGAAAAUAAAGAAGUAUCCAUUGACGCUAUAUUUCGAUUGAGUAUACCUUUUGAAGAACAAGUUUCUGGCGAAUUAAGUAAAAAAACCAUAGAAGGUAUUUUAAAUCAAGAAUGUCCGUUGACUGAUUCUGAAGAUUACCAAAUAAUAGCUCCGUUUUCAAAAUAUCAAUAUUAUAGCGAUAAACAUACUGCAGAUGCAGUUGAAGGUCUUACAGGGAUUUAUUAUCAAACUCUUGGUUUCGAAGGUGGUAUUAAGUUUCUUGAAUGGUUGGGUUUAAUCCCGGAAUCUGAACACUUAGAACGUCUAUUAAGUCAACCUUCACCAGAUCCGAUAUUAACCAGAGAUGAUUUUGAAAGCAAAAUUCGUAGACAUUUACCUUUACAAGGAGAAAUCGAAAAAAUAAUUGGUUACAAAUUCAAGAACAAAGCCUUUCUUCUGCAGGCAUUAACGCAUUCUUCUUACACACCAAAUCGUACUACACUCUCUUAUGAAAAGCUGGAAUUCAUAGGCGAUGCUGUUCUCGAUUUCCUAAUCACCUGCCACAUUUACGAAUCAUGCGGUAAUCUCGAUCCUGGCAAAUUGACUGAUUUAAGAUCGGCCUUAGUAAAUAACAUUACCUUCGCUAGCCUCGUUGUGAAACUAGGCCUACACAAAUACAUUUUAAUGGUUAAUUCCAAAUUACAAAAGCUUAUCGAUAAAUUUGUCAAGUUUAUGGAACAAAAGAAUUAUGUAAUUGAUGAUGAGGUAAUGAUUUUGGUGCAAGAAGAUGAAAUUCUGCUAGCAGAGUCCGUAGAUGUCCCUAAGGUUCUUGGGGACAUUUUUGAGGCAAUUGCUGGAGCAGUGUAUUUAGACAGUAAUAAAGACUUGAAGAAAGUAUGGGAAGUAUUUUAUAAAAUUAUGUGGAAAGAAAUUGAUUUGUUUUCCACAAAUGUUCCUAUGAAUGUAGUCCGAAAAAUAUUCGAAUGGCCUGGUGCUCAACCUAAAUUUGGAAAACCCUGCCAUACUGUGAAUAACAGAACCAUGAUAGCAUUGCAGUUUAUGCUGGACCGAAUUCCUACAAGUGUGCACGGCUUUGGCACCAAUAAAGUCACGGCUAAGAAAGCUGCAGCUAAAUUAGCUUUACAUAUAUUAGAUGUUAGAAAUAAAUAAAAUUUAUUAAAUACGAGGAGUAUGACACUUAGAUGAAUUUGUACUUCUAUUCACAAUUAAAUUCGUUUUUUAAAACAAUUGGUUAUAAUUGAAAGUAAUUUGUUAUAAUUGAAAGUAAUUGUUUAUAAUUAAAAGUAAUCGAUAAAUAAUUGAAAGUAAUUUUUAUUGUAAUCCACCUUUCUCGUUAUUUGAUCGUUAUUUCGCAUUACUCAUGCGCGAAAAAACGGGAUUUUUGAAUAUAGUAAUUAUUCAAACAACUUAUAUCUCUCUUAUACUCGCCUUACAACUGUUGUGUUUGCUACGACGAUUACCAUCUAUCAUCGUUACUUUAAACAACCGUCAUCGAAUGUAAUUGAAUCUAUUUGGAAGUAAUCAAAUGUAAUACCAUUUUGUAAUUGAAUAUAAUUCAAUUCAAUUAGAUUUUACUUGUACGCCUAAUUGACAAGUGUCCUACCCCUCGUUAAAUAUUAACAUUUGUUUUCACAAAGCAUAUUUAAAUAUUUAACUGCGAAUAAAUCCUUAAAAUAAAAACUGAAUUCGUAGAAAAAGUAGAGUUGGACAAAGUCGUAAUUUUUCAGUCGCACUUUGAAUCGUUACUGUAAAUGAGGUUGUAGUUUCUUCAAAUCAAUAACAAAUUUAAUAUUCGGUAAUAUUUUUCUGGAAAACAAAAUCGAUUAUAGGUUUACCAAGAUUAAAAUAAUUAAAUAUCGUCCAACUUUAUUAAAAAUUCAUUAUAAUGAUGUUUCUCUCUUUAAGGAUUUACUUGUCUGUAAAUUUAAAGAUGCUUUUUUAAUUAGGCGGUAAAAUAUUCUAAGAAAACAAUGAUCAUAAUACAUAGGUAAUAUUUAUUAUAUAUAUGUUUUCUAUAUUUUUUAUUUAAUAUUUAUCUUUAAAAUAUUUUUUCUACGUUCAUGCAAAAAACAAAACUUUAUUGAAUUAUAUUUAGUGAAAAAACUGGUUCUUUAUUGCACUAGUGCAAUAAAAAUUUGAACGUAGAAAAAAUAUUGUAUGCAACUUGUGCAAAAAGUGUUUAUUGCACUCGACGUGUUGUCCAACUCGGCCUGACGGUCGCGUGCAAUAAACACUUACUUUUGGCAUAACUAUUAAUUUUCGCGAUUGUCCAAUAAUUUGAAUAUAUUCGUCUUCAAUUAUAAACAAAUGUUAUUCAACUGUUCUCUAUUUAUUGAAAAUUUAAAAUAAGUAAAAAGAUCAAAUCAAAUUUUAUUGUUAUAAUAUAUUCAUACUUUUAUAUUUACUGUUAAUUUAUGUACUAUAAUUAAUUUUAGUUUGUGAUCAGUUUUCACAUAAAAUAUUGUUUAUUAAUAA